AGCACCCAAACCUCCUAAAUGUAUCGGAUGAUACAGUGACGUAACUGAUCAACCCACCUAUGCUUCCCAUAUAAAUACACCAGUAUCUGCUCUCAAGGCUUUGCACUGCAACACUGCUUCCUUCUAACCACCACCACAGCUCAGGAACAGUCAUCCACCACAAGCCGGAACCAUGCAGCAUGCCGAAGCCAAAUUCAACAGAAACAGCCUCUACUUGACUCUGAGACGAUACAGCUCAGCCGUCACUGACAUGGAGCAGACCAUUCUCCUGCCCAGCCUGCUGCGGGACGUGCCCUCCGAUGAGGUGUGGGAUUGUGACGCGGCAGAGGAGUCCUGCAGAGACUUAUAUGACCACUACCUGAUGUUCAAGGCCGUGAGAAACACAGUGGAGAGCGGCUUGAUUUCCAUGGACGACCACAAGGCCAAGAAGCACAUGACUCUCAGCAAGACACUGGAACCUCUCUUGGACACAGACCCUGAAGAUAUCUUCUGCUUCCACCUGAGAGGAUUGUUUUCUGUGAUGAGUGACCUCACCAAGAAGACUCAGAGCCUUACUGAUAAAUACAUGGGCAUUAUUGGAGUGUCUCGCUGAAACAUGAAGGAUAUUUAGACAUUAAGUGCAAUCUUUUGUUAUAAAAGUGUGUAUGUCAAAAGUCUCAGUUCAUAACCCAAUGCUCUGAACUGAAGGAAUGAAAAAUAAACAUGCAUUGCCAAAA